UGGAACAAUUAAAAAAGAAUCGGGAGGCUAGGGAUGCAGCUAAAGAAGACAUGGAAAUGAUUAAUCGCGAUCAGGAAAGGCGCCUUUGCGACUGGAACAGAACAGAAGAUGCAUUUCAUAUGAAGCAAGCUAGGUUACGUUCAUCAAUUCGAAUUAAGGAGGGAAGGGCAAAGCCAAUUGAUUUAUUAGCUCGUUAUAUUUCUUAUUUUGAUGAAACAACUGAAGACGAUUUUCAAUUAGAUAAUCCUUUGAGUUAUAUACCAAAAAAUUCAAUUGACGAUUUGGAGGAUCUUAUUGCUGAUAUUAAUGUUUACCGUAUGAUUGAUGGCAAAAAGAAUUCUGAGUUUUGGGAUGAUAUUGAAACAAUCUCUAAAAGUAUUUCAAAAAAGCUUGUUGAAAAUCGACGCCGUUCAUCUGAUAGUGGGACUGUACAUUCUUCUGUUCAGGAAGAAGUUCUUAAAAUUUUUAAAGGAAAAUCUUACUCUGAUUUGCAACAUUUACAAAGUCAGAUAAAGGCUAAAAUUAAAAAUACUAGUAAAGGAACAGAUGUUAGUUAUUGGGAAGCGUUACUUGACCAACUUGGCCCGUAUAUGGCUAAACAACGUUUAGGAGAGAAUUAUGCUUAUAUUCAGCAAUUAUGGCUUAAAAAAAUAAGAGAAGAACAAAUGAAUGAAAUGGACACUUUAAAAGAUGAAAUUUUAGAAAAAAAUCUUUCAACUUCAAAUCAAUUUUCUUCAAAAGAUUCAGAAACUGUUUGGCAAUCGAAUACUUCAAUGGAAGAAUUGAGAAGAGAAGUGGAAGAGACAAAAUUUGUUUUGCCAUUUUCUCUUGAAGAUUUUCAAAAGCUGGAGGAUGAAGUUAAAGAACAUCAUUUUCUACAAAUUGAUGCAAAAGGACAUAUGAAACAGUUUGCCCUUAAAUGUUAUGAAUAUGGACGGUAUAGCCCUACUUAUGGAAGUGAAAGUCAUAUAAUGCCUGGAAUUGAAAUUCUGGAUGGAAUUGAAGACGCGGAGAAGUUACAAGAGGCUAGAAAAAGAAAGAAAGGAGAAAGGAUUGAAGCUGAUUUAUCUGCGAGUGAUAAACGUAUGAUGGAUAUUGCAAAACAAGGAAUGACUGAAGACGAAGCCGUUUUUGCUGUUGAAGAAGCACUUGAAAAACAGCACUUUUUGUGGUCUGAUAAAUAUAGACCUAGAAAACCUCGUUAUUUUAAUCGAGUACAUACAGGCUUUGAUUGGAAUAAAUACAAUCAAACUCAUUACGACAUUGACAAUCCACCACCAAAAAUUGUUCAAGGAUAUAGAUUUAAUAUUUUUUAUCCCGAUUUACUCGAUCAAACACAAACACCCUGUUUUGCAUUAAUAAAAUGUGAAGAUUCCGAUUUUGCAAUUCUUCGUUUCAAAGCUGGCCCACCAUAUGAAGAUAUUGGCUUUAAAAUUGUAAAUAGAGAAUGGGAGAUUAGUUAUAAACAUGGAUAUAAAUGUCAAUUUCAAAAUGGAGUUUUUCAACUUUGGUUUUUCUUUAAAAGAUAUAGAUAUAGACGAUAA